GGUUUUUAUUUCCAUUUUUAGUUUAUUCGCAAAUUACUUUGUGUAACUGUUUAUAAUGAGCAGCUAAUUAUUAACUAUGGAUGUAUAUAAGUGCUAUGCUUGUAUAAUAAUCUGAUUAUGUCCGCUCGACACUUUUAUUCGGCCCGGGAGAAGAAUGUUAAUAAAUUGAUCGACUGUUUGCCUGAUAUAAACCAGCAGAAGUUUGGGUACAAUUUACGGACAGAGCUGCCGGCCCUGUCUGCCAACACGAGCAGUGUGGUGAACAGGAAUCUCAACUAUUCCUUUGAUAUACAAUCCUUUGGAGGAGACAGCGUCGAAAGGACCGGGACGCCUUUUUCUGAUUUCUUUUCCGAAAGCGACACAGCGACUCCAGACUUCCGUAGUGAAGAAAGCGACAGUAGCUCUGGGUCAGCGUUGCGCAGGAAUACUGCAGAGGCCUCCAAGACACUAGCCGAUGAGUGGGGCCGGAUUGAGAGGACGCUGUAUGAUGAGGAGGGCGAGAAGUCCAGUCGGCCACAAAUUAUUGAAGAAUGUAAACAGUGGAGGCAACUGCAUCCACAACUCAGGAUUAUUGGAAAAGCAAUUCAACUGCCUGAAAAAAGGUUGUGCUAUAGACAAAUUGAGCAUGAUGAGGUCAUCGCUAUACACUACAGUGACUACGAACAAUUUAGCGAAAGUGAAGAACGCCUUUCACAGAGCAGUUCUGACGUGACACCACAGAACUCACCGAGAGUGUCUAUAGCUGAAGAUUUGCACGAGCCAAAAUUGUCACGAGAAAAGGUCACUUUCUAUCCUGCAUUCGAUGAAGAUGCCAAUCUACCUGAUACAUUUUGUUCCCUGCUACAAAUCACACCCAUACAAAUAAGAAGCCCAUCACAUAAAAAAAGACAGGGCACAUCUAUUUUGAGAUCUGAGCUGGCUUCUUCGAAGUGGAUGAGAAAUUCAAGGCCAGAUUCUUCUUUGAACUGUGACAGGAAUAGUGCAAAGUCAUUUGUGUCUCUUGACACAAGGAAUUACAGUAAUGCUCUCAGUGCGUCUGAACGUAACAAAUACCUUAAUGGGAGAGUUGUCACAGCAAGACACCGCGAUUUAACACGUUUAGAGCCUUUAUGCACACCUGAUGUCUCACAAAACGAAGUUGCAAGGUUACCAAAUGGUUUGGGACAGCAAUAUAGCAUAAGAAAAGUUUCGUUGCCACCUUUGCUGUUAGAGGAAGAAAGGAGAAAGGUCCAUCCUGUUAGUUCUGCCAAAAAGAUUAGCAACAAACCAAGGAAGAACAUCCCUAAAGGCAUGUACCAGUUUGACAGGGUAAGCAAACUUAAUUAAUUUUGAAAAUUAUUUUCUUGCCAUCUGUCUAUUGGUUGAUAAAUUAUGAAUUAAUGUGCCUAUUUCUGCAUCUGUUAAUCUAUAGAGCACUGAUAAAUCUUCGUAAUUUACUGUGUUGGUAGGAAAAGACACACAUUAAUUUGUAAAAAUAUGGAAAAAGUCUGUUUGCAUUAAUAAGCUACUUAUAUUGAGUGAGUCACACUAUUCAUGUGUUGUUUUUGGUAAACUUAAUCAAUGUGUCUUAUUAGAAACAUUUUGAGGUUGAUAACAUUUCCAAUAAAAUACAUAUUUUCCAUAAUGAUCUCAUUGAGUAUUAUGUAAGGAGGUAAGAAUGUAUAUUUAUUAAAUUAAUUCUUAUAUCUCGUUAUUCAUAAAAAUUAAGACAGUUCUACAAAACCAUUUUCAUAACACUGAAUUGGGUUUUAAAUGAAAUAAAAUCUGUAACUGACAAAAACUGGCAAUAAUUUUAUACCUAUCUUUUCUUCUGUAAAUCAUCUGCCUGUAUUUUUAUGAAUAAUGGGCCUAAGUAAGGGGAUGUAUAAGGGGUUUAAUAUCUAGUCCCUAUUUCUAGUCUAGUGAUUUUAAAUGUUUGAUAACGAUAUUAAUAAGUUAUGAUCGCGCGAGUUUGUUGUUUAGUUAUCAUGGUGUACAAUAUGUUUGUUUUCGUGAGCACUGGCUGGAGUAAUGUCAGAUUGAGGAAUAUAUUUUCAUUGAGAAUA